AUGGGAUCUAUAUUCUCUUGCUUAAGUGGCAUUGUCUCCUCUAUUGCCUCGCUUCUAUCAGGGUUGAUUAGUGCUGUUGCCGGUUUCUUCCAAGCUAUUAUCUCUGCUAUUGUUCGUUGUAUUACUGGUAUUUUCGGAGCUCUUGCUACAAUCGUAACUUGCGGUCAUUACAGGAGAGGAGGGCGGUCGACGUACUAG